CAGAAUACGUGUACAAUCCGAAGGAGGCAAGGUUACGAAAAGCAAUGCGAGAGGCCAACAGAGACAGACCAAUGGGACCCGGAAUAAUGCUGCCCAGACCAAAUGCCCGAAGAGCAGACUGGGUACAACCGCGUACGCCUAUGACAGCCCAGGGACACAGGGAUGAUCAUCUUAUCAUGUCCCCCAUGGGGGUUUCCACAAAUCCAAAUUGCUUCCCCAACGAAUAUGCCAAAAUGCAAGAAGCUCAUAUACAAAGGCCGAUGUCUGCAGCACCACCUGGUUACUAUCAUCCUAACCCGCUCGCUCAGCUGCAAGAACACACUGACAUGUGGCACAACUACCACGAUGACAUGAGAGCAAGACAUGUUGCAGGUAUGCCGAGCUACAUGGUAUCCGAAAUGCCAUACCAUUCUUCCCAGAUGGCUUCCCAUCACCAACCCUCUCCCCCACUCAGCAUUCCCAGCCCUCUACUGGAGAGCAGUCAGACGCCUCUUCAAGCACUCAAUGGCUUGACCCCACCGCAUUCGAUGCCUGUCACGCCUCCCUUCCAUCACCAGGGGAUCGGCGUGCCUAUAACUCCGCCCUUAAGUAAUGUCUCGAUGACCCCGCCUCACUCGAACGAGAACGUACCGCCCGAUAUCGAGCCGCAGCCAAUCGCUGUAGCGCAAGCGCAAGAGGCGGAUAAAGGUGUGGAGUUUGGGGAGGACCAGCAGAAGCAGCAGAGUGGAGACAGUAUGAUGCAGCCACUGACAGAUCAUAAUGUGUAUCAACGUGAAGAUGAAUAUCUGAGAGUGUAUAGUCAAGAUUCGAUAACUCUGUAUGAUGAAAAACCUGGAGAUAUUAAAGUGAAGAAGCAAUCACGAUCUAUGAACAAACGACCGCCCUCCUCAUCACUAGGAGGCGGUGCCACAAACGCCGAGCGUUGCCGACCAUUGCCGGACUUCAACGAAGCUUUCGGUAGUACUCAGAGAGGCGGGAGGUUUCAAAGUCAACCGCCUGCCAACUUGGCGGAGUUAUUCUACAAUGUCGACGAUGCGCCAGAGUUUCAGUUUGAAGUGGGGAGAUAAAAAUGUAUUAUCUUAUUUACAGCCGUGUGAAAAAUUGUUUAUGAAACGGAUUCCUUAAAAAAUGCCAAAUUGUACUUCAUUAUUUAUUGUUAGUUCUAGACUCCAAAGUACUUUUAUACACUGCGGUGUAAAUUUUAAACAAGUUGCACAAUUUUGGUAUUAUAUUCAUUCUUUAAUGAUUUGAAAUAUAUAAAACGUAAACGCAUCAUGAAAUGAUAUUUGAAAAGUGGUAGUAAUCAUCAGAAAACUUUAGAACCGAAGAAUAAAACACACGUACUGGACAUCAUCAAUACAAAAUGUCUAUCAAAAAAGUGUAUUUCAAAGAAAAAGGACAUGUGUAUGGGAAUUCUCUAUUAUUGAAACAAUUAAUGCUGUUGUCAAGUGAUACAAUACGUUAUAUCCUAUUAGAAAGUUAUGAGCAGUCAUCACCUUACUGCAUACGUACACGUUAAAGUGUGGUUAACGUUACCCUUAAUUGGCCCAUAAACUAUUAACUUCUUAUGGCCCAAAUGUCAACGUCAACGUUUAGGUACGUCGUAAUGUCAUUCCCUUUUCUCUAUUAUAUCAACUGGCAAUAUCGUUUACGGUUUGAAUAAAGUGUUCGUACAAUAGCUCUCUCAUGUGCUAUGGAUUCAGAUAUUCCAAAAUGCCUGAAUUGGAUGCCAUUUUAAUUAUGAAAUGAACUAUGAUUUCAUGUAAAUUAUAAACAAUAUAUAAAACGUAUAAAUAUAUGCCUAUAGAAUAGCAGGAAUUACUGUAUAAUAAAAUGAAAAGUUAUUAAAUAGAGGUUAAAAUAAUACUUUCACGAACACUUAAGUAACUACGAAGAUAGCACGACCGCUACCGAAAAACAAAGUAUUUGUAGGUGUUUACCUUUAGAAUCAAAAUAUGUUUGGACCCUGAGGACAUUUUAUCCUAUUUACGAUCUCGUUUCUUAAGCUAAAAUCAAAUAUCGAAUUCAUAUUAUCCUAGGAACUGAAAUUUCUUUUAACAUUCCACGUUCAAUCCCACCAAAUGAUACUUUUAAAAAAGGUCGAUCCGUGCUAUCUCGAUGUAGUAAACCCAUCAUUAGUAGGUAGUUAUUGAGGUGGCUUUUCUAAAACAAUAUUUUUAUCACUUUAACAAAAUUCAAAAUUUUGAUGUGUUUACAUCUUCAACUACGUGGAAAAGCAGCUUAGAUUUAUAAAAAAAGUUAUAUAUUGUGCCUUUGCAAGGACUGUAUUUAAAGUUAUUUUGCGUAUAAUCAACAGUUACUUCUUCGGGCAUAUUAUUUGGGACCAAAAUAUUGGUUUGUUUUGUUGAUUUUACGGAUUUUGAUGUAUAUUAAAAGAUAGAUAGUCCAAGAUGGAAUAUAUCCUGUAUAUAGAUUUAGGCAAAUUUGUAAAUAAGACCUUUAUUUCAAAUUAAAAUAUAGUCAUUCGAAUAUUCUUUGAGUGAGUUCACUAGAUCUCUAAAAUGUGAUAUAUUAUCAUAGUGCUAAUAUUUUCAAUUGUUUUACACAUAGCAUUUUAGUCCUAAUAUUGUACAUUACGGAAAAGUAUAUUGAUAUAGCGCCAGAGAUAGGGGAACUUUAUGGACGUGUCGUAGCUGAAGUCAGAAAUUGGACUACCAUACCAUGUUUUUCGUCCAAAAUAAUUGGGAGUCUCCUUUGAAAAGGUUAGUGUCUCGUAAAUAGCGCUGUAGCUGACCUGACCUUACAUCUAUAGGUACACACUGAGCAGACCGUAGGUCCUUAGCUCGUUUUUCCAAAUGAAAGGUUCCUUGCAGAAGGAGCGAAAACUUAACCUUACCAGAUUAGUACAUAAUUGAAAUUAUGAAUAGAAACAGAGCUACUACUAAAGGAGGUGGGUGGUAUACGUGCAAUUAUUGUAGGACUGCCUUGGACGUCUGUGCUUUUGAACAUCAGCCACAAAGUAAUUCACUGCCUCCCUUACCAGAGGGUUAGAAUAGUUAUCUGCUCUUGUAUUUGUAUAAGCCUUAAUUGGACGUUCUUUAAUGAGAGAAAUAAUAUUGAGAUUAUACGCUCAUAGGUAGGUACAUAGAUGGUUACAGCGCCAUCUAUGAGACACCAACUCAGGUAGAUUUCUAACUGUUGCGGAGAGAAGAAAGAUACUGUUAGUAUGAUAUCACACAAAAUUUUAAACCGUUCCAAAUAAUCUCACUUUAACUAACCCUGAAUUUGGUGAUGUAAAUAUGGAAUAUCAUCUUAGAGGUCAUGAAAAAAACGAUUUUUGGAAAAAAAGUUGUAAUGUUAUGCAUAUAAGUAUAUUGAGUGACUCAACUAAUAUACAAGCGAAAUAAAAUUACAACACAAAAUAAGCUUCUUUACACAAGAUAAUAUUCCUAGAUACAGGAUGACUUGAUCCAUACAGCUUCCCCUCGUGCUGAUAUAUUCUUAAAACCACCUUAUAUCGUAUUAUGUAUAUCAAAAUGUUAGCCAAUGUAGUCGGUAAGUGGAAACAAGUGCUGUUCAAAUGUACCCGAUCAUCUAUUGAGAAGCACAUUGAAAAAUGUGUAGAAAGAAGAUAAGAAGACAAGAUGGUAUAAACUGAUGCUUCGCGAAUGAAAUGUAUGAUCUUGAAUGUAAUUUAGUUCAAAAUGUGCAAAGAGUGCAUAUUCGUCUGUAUAUGCAUUUCAUAAUAGUUCGAGAUCGCAUGUACCACAAAAUCCAUUAUGUAUAAACAGAUGCAAAUUCGGUAAGCUAUACUAUAUAACUUUAGGAAUUGAGACAAGACAAAAAUGACACCUAGAUGUUGGUCCGAUGUGCAGCAUGGCAAUGGCAGCGAUGUUCAACGUUGAUCCCGCUAGGUGGCGCUAGUGUGGUUGGAGGUCAUGUUGUCAAUAGCAGAUGAAAAAAGACAAGAUUGGAUAGAAAGGUAACCUAUUUUUCAUGACGCUUCAUCACGUUUUGACGUGUAUUGCCGUGGAUGGGUGGUCAGCAAUUGACGUCUUUGUUUAUAACCUGAGUUGCAAAGAGACAAAAGAACACCCAGUAAUAAUAUUGAGUUUAUUACCAAGAUUAUCUAGGUAUGUUAGGUAUAUGUUU